GCUUCGACCAACGAACGGCACAAUACGGUUUCGAUAAUCGCGUUGUGAAAAUCGCGAAAAAUCGCAUAGAAUAUAGAAUAUAGAACAGAUAGGAGAUUCUGUGUGCAUAACAAAAGUGCAAUGGCCGUAUCUCGCUGAGUAAACAAACAAAAGCCAAUUGAGCAUUUCAAUACGCACGCACACAUAGAGGGAGAGGCACACAGAUACAUAACUUAAUAUCUUAAUAUCCAUAAAUGAAGUGAUCUUGCGCUGAGCGCAAUCUUGCCCCAAAUUGUAAUGGAUAAGGCGCCACCGCCAAAGCCGCGUCGAACGCGUCAAAGGAUCAAUGCCAUGCACUAUGAAUCCUUGCCGACAGCGCCGCCUGCAAUGUGUGGGCGUGCCGAUGAGAAUAUCUUUCAGUUUCCCAUUGUGGCAUCCCGUGCCCGGAAUCUGUCUGCCUCGCCAAAGCAAUGCCUGGAAAAGGAUUUGCCCGUUUGCGAGCAUGGCAAGCACAGCUGCUAUUUCUGUCAACCUUAUCGGGCGGAUCGGGGUACAAUUGAGCCGCUCAAGAAUCGACUCAACUCGGCCAUUGAGGCAAUGGAUCAGCUGCAUCGCACCUAUGCCUUGUUGGAGGGUUUUCUGGAGCAAAAGCUGGCCACCAUCACCGACAACGAGGAGGAGACGCAGAUCGAGCAAAUGCCACAGACACCUGGACCAGCUCCUACGUCAGCUGCUCCUGUUCUGACCCCAACAACACCUGCAGUAGAUACCGAAUUUGAGCUGGAGCACUCGCUGACCUGGCUGGAGUCAUUGCUGGGCACAGAAGUGGUGCCACCCACCAAACACGGUAAAUUCAAGCGCAUACGGGAACGCAGCAAAUCGAUGAUGGAGGAUGAGAUUAGCAUGUACUUGAGGGGAGACCGACAGUUGAAGAUGAGCACCUCUCGACCAUAUUUGCUGCGUCGCCAGAGUACGUACAGCGACAACAAAUCCAAGGUCUCCAAGUGGACCAAGGUGAAGGCGGCCUUUAAAUGGGAGCGUGCCAAUGUGCCGCCAACUGGUAGCCAGGAGCCAGGCACAUUGAUGCCACUGAACAUAGAGGUGGAAAGAUAUUUAAAGGUUCCAAUUAGCACGGCGGGUGGGAGUAGUUCAGCGGAUAGCAUCAUUAGCUCCUCGUCGGGGCAUUUCAUGAGUGAAACGGGCGGCACGCCAGGCACCAUCAGUUCGGCCAGUUCCAUGGAUGAGCUGGAUGCGGGCAAUCGGCAAGCUAUGCGUCGCCAUUCAUCCAAGAGCGUCUCGCAUACGCCCAACCAUGAGGUGGAGCUGCGUAAAUCCGCCACAGAUGAACGCUUGGAUGCGGCCAGGCCAACGAUGCCAAGUAAAUCCUCCUCGAACAAGUCGCUGCGUCGGUCGAAAGCUUUCUCCGAUUUUGAGGUGUUGCCGGAGGAUCAUGUGGCGGAGAUAAAGUCGACGAGUAGUCGAAGGAACAAAUUGCCGCCAAGUCCAUUGAAUCUCAAUCAGGUGUGCAGUGAUCUACCCCAACUCCACUCGCCACUCAAGAGUCCCAAGGAUGGCAAUCACACGAUGCCGAGAAUGCGACAUGUCAACUCACCUGGCAACUCCUCCGUGCCGAGCAGCCCAUCCCGACAUUCGGAUUUCUUUGGUGAAUUCGAGAGCGAGGAUAUAUCGAGUGGCGAUUAUUCGGAGCCGACAACGCCAAAUUAUAUGCAGUUCAAGCAGCGCGAAUUCGAGCGAUCCAGUGCCAGUAAUCGCAGCGUCAAGCUAUGCAGUGGUGGACCUGGCAGCAUCAGCGGCAAACGGAGCAGCGAGGAGCAUUCCCCGACGCAGUUGCUCCACAGCGAGCUGAUGUCCACGGAGCAACUGGAGCAGAAUCUGACGCCGCAGUUCAAGAAGAAGCUGCACAAAUGGCGCGCCAAGCAGCAGAGCUCCAAUUGCUAUGCCACCUCAGAGCCAGCGUCCAGUCCAACGGCCAAGAGUCAAAGUGGUGGAGAAUUAAAGCCGAAAAUCGAUUGGAAUCUCUGGAGUUCGGGCGCAUUAAAGCUCGAGGGUCAGGGCUUGUGUGCGCUGCCGGAUCAAAAGGAUUUGCCCGAGAAGUUCCAAAAGAAGUUGGAGCAAUGGAACCGCUUGAAAUGCACGCCAGGUGGCGGCACAAACUCCGAUAAUGAUUCGCUCAAACGGAGCUCCAAGCACAACCAAUCCACGCGUCGUGGCUCCGAUGAUGAUCGUUGGUACAAGCACAAGUCGCACGACAAGGAAAAAUUGGCGCGCCUUAAAGCCAUCGUGGCACCGGAUCAUACGUCCAAGAACAUUGAGGUCAAGACCUCCGACGGUGAGGUCAUGAAAUUUGAGGGCAUCUCAAGAAAGUUCACGCGAAAGCUUUACGAAUGGGAAAAGGCGAGAGGCAUUGGACCAGAGGCAUCCACAUUUGCUUUACUGCAUCCCGGCUACUGUCCCAUCGAUGUGCGACGCAUUAACAAGGACUGCAACAAGGCCACCACUGAGCACUCGCCGACCCUGAGUCGUUCAUUGUCCUUGGAUAGUGUGGCGCCGAGCGUGAAUCAGGCACAGGUUAUCUCACAGCAGGCUUCGUCCUUGUCCCUUAACGAUGUCAACGAAUUCAAGGAGGAUUGUGUGGACUCAACCGAUCACGAGUUUAAGAAAUACGACGAACCGGAGGCUGUUAUGGUCGAGGUGGAGGAGCACAUACAUGACACCGCCUCUCCGCUGGUUACGGCCCACACGCUGGUGGAGCAACAGACACCUAUUUACAAGUACGAGGAGGUGCAGUGCAAUGACUAUGUCAACUCGCGUCGCGUGCAAAGCUUCGAGUCGCACACGAAUCUUGCCCCUUUGUUGGGUGCACUGAAACGUGCCGAGGAUCUAUUUGGUCAGCUGAGAGAAGCCUCGCCUGACAUUGUCGAGCAUGUCGCAAUGCGGGAUUGCCAGGCAGCUUUGCUGAGCAUUCGCAGCAUUUAUCCAUAUUAUUCCAACAAUUUAAUGAAGCCGAGCGUGCUCAAUGCCGUCUCCGAUGUCCAGAGUGAGCUGGGAAGACUCGCCGAGCUGUGUCUGAAGUCGCCGUUGGACGAGGCUUGUUGCCAGGAGACGAUGCAGGAGCGCCACAACGAGUAUAUGGAGGAAUUGCAGGGUCUGCACGAGUCUCUGCUCUGUCUAAAGUUAUCCAUACAGGGUGGCUCGAAUCGUUAUCCUCGCGAUAUUGUGCCGGACAUCAACAUAACUAGCGAGGAUGGACAGCAGCUGGAGACGAGCUCCUCGUAUGCCACCUGUGAUGCUUCUAGUCGAGAUUAUUUACUUUCUCUAGAGGAUCACAGUGCCGCCUCACCGUCACCAAUGGAGCACGAGACAGAGACGAGCACCACAACGGGCACCUUGUGCCGGGCAAGUGUUCCACUCACCAGUGUAAAUGCUGCCAAGAAGAAGCUGCGUCUUCGCAAGAUGGGAUCACGCCAGAACAGCAAGACAGAGAGCGAUAGCAGCGAUGCAGAUACUCAGAGUGUGUUGGAGACACCACGACGAUUGCGUCGCAAGAACUUUCGGCUGAAGCAGCGCUCCUUGGACGAUGACUUCCGCUUGAGCUCUUUUAUACCGGUCACAACCACAGCCACGCCCCACACGGAGGCGGAUGACAUCAUUUGCAGUUCCCUCAAAGUGAAGCCUGGUGAACGCAUCGAGGAAUCCCAGAGCAUUGCGAGUGGCAUGCCGAAUGCGGCGGCCAAAUUGAGUGGCUUUGUGCCUCCUCCAUUGCCAGAGCUUCAUUCGCGCAGCUACAACACGAAUGCAAAUGUGUUUGUCAAAACCAAACGAAAGCUUUUCACCACUGUGCUGGAACCCAACGCAGCCGAGGGCAUAGCGCUCAUCGAGAAGGAGCUGGAGAGUCCAACGCAUAGUGUUGAGGAGGCACAGGCUUCCAGUUCCAAGUUGACCACGCCACGUCCACUCAGUCUCUACAAAUCCAUCAGCCUGGAGCGAUUGGCGCCACUUCGAGUCAGGGAGCCGCUGCGCAAGUGCCAGAGCAAUGAGAAUAUGCGUCGAGUGUCCAUCUCCGUGCGUCCGCCUCUAGCCAGCGAUAGCAUGCAGCGUCUGGCGUGUUCCAAGCGACAACUGGCCACAACGGCAUUUCCACAGGCACCACCAAGAAGGGGGCAUCUCUACAAGAAGAAUUCGCUGCACAAGUCGCAGAGCGCCACAGUUAGCAAUAACAUUGAGCACAGGAUCGCCAAGACCAGCUCCGGCUCGACGGUGAGCAAGGUGUGUCAAUCCUCUAGGGUGGUUCCCAACAAGCUGGACAACACGCUGCCACGCAUUCAACGCAAGUUGGAGGGCAAAGGGAAAGCUCUGCUCACACCCACCAAACCCAAUCAUUUUGAGUUUCCGCCACCCACUUUGGAGCCGGAGCGUCCGACAACUCCAAUCUCGGAGCGUGCCUUGCGACUGCAACUGGCAAAGGCGCAGUUCCUGCAGAGUGCUCCAGUCACUCCUCGGCAGGAGCCAACGACACCCAUUGCCAUCAAUGAUGCGGCCUUGUUGCACAAAAGUGUCAGCGUCGGCAGCAUGAGAGGCGACACGGGCCGUUCCACGGAGCAACUGCAGCAGGAAGCGACCACGGAUCAGGAGAGUGUUAGCAACUCCAGUGCCUAUGAUAGUUUGCCACGAUCCGUUAGCCGAUCGGGUCGCAUCUCUAGUAAACUUGGCUUUGCCACACUUGCCUCCAAGUUGCGUCGCGGCGGCAAAAAGUCCAAGGACCCGCCGGCUCCUGGACCCACUGGAAGUGCCCUCUCUGUGCUCUGCCGCCAAACGCUGUUGGCCGAUGUGAUUGCCCUGCCACAGGCUCGUACCGGAGAUCGUCCACCGCCCAGUCCCAAUGCAUCCAGCUCCGGUCGCAAUGUGCAUAAAUCCCAGAGUUCGCCGCAGGCAGCAUUGGGUGCAGGAUCCUCAAUCAACCUGCAUGACAGCUACGAGGGCCUCAACAAAUCCCUCAGUGAGCAGUAUGUACGCCACCUUAAGGAGAGCGAUGUCUAGUCAGCCCAUGGAAAUACCUCUAAGUCCCUUAUCUAAGCAUAGUUAUGACAAUCAUGGCAUUGGCUAGCAAGCGGUAGGAAAUAAUCUAUUACGAAAAAUAGCUAAAGGAUUUAUGGAACAUUAGAGUCUCUCAAAAUUACAAAAAUCGCAAAUUCGAAAAUACAAAUUCAUUAAAAGAUAAGAGAAGAGAUUUUUAAGUUUUAUGAAACUGAUAAAUCAGAAAUACGAUACUAAAUAUAAGGUCUUAUUCACAGAGAAAAAUUAUAACAUGAAAUUAAGAAUACAUUGCAUAUAGGCUUUUAAUUGAAGUUUCGAACUUUGCCACAAAAAAAGAUAAGAAAAUAAAUGAGAGAUACUAGAACGUACAA